GAUGGAAGCGGCCACUCCCGAAGUGCCGGAGCUCCUUGAAGGGCAAGUGCAGCAGCUGGUCAGCGACGUCGGGGAGCUGCGCCAGGAGGUGAAGAGCCUGCGCGCGUGGCAGCUGCGCGUGUCCUCUCUGGAGCAAGCGAUCGAGAAGGCCGUGGUCACCACCAUGCCCAAGCUGGACCUGCUGCUGGCCCGCGUGAACGUGACGGACGUGGACGGCGCCACGGCCCUGGCGCUGGCCACCGCCGCGGGCCAGACGGACAUGGUGGCGUUCCUGCUCAGCAAGGGCGCCACGCCCACCACCUGCAACAAGAAGGACGAGGCGCCCGUGCUGCUGGCGGCGGCGGGCGGCCACGCCGACAUCGUCGGGCUGCUGCUCAAGAACGGCGCCUUCGUGGACGCCAGCGACAAGGAGGGCCGCACGCCGCUGACGGUGGCGGCCAAGGCCGGCCACUGGCACAUCGUGGAGCGGCUGCUGCAGAGCAACGCGUGCGCCACCACGUGCAAGGAGCCGCAGCUGUCCGCGCUGGCGCUGGCCGCCCGCGAGGGCAACGUGGCCAUGGUGCGCGACCUGCUGCGCCGCGGCGCCAAGGCCGACCUCGCGCAGGUGGAGGAGGCCCUCAAGAAGGCCAAGAACGCCGCCGUCGUGUGGGCCCUGCUCGAGGUGACGGAGGAGGCGGAGAACACGUACUUCGCCAACGUGGCGCUGCUGUGGGCGGCGCACGAGGGCCGCUACGAGGCGCUGCAGUCGCUGCUGGAGUCCGGCGUGGACGUGAACAAGGACACGGACGAGGACGGCGCGAGCGCGCUCUACUACGCGGCGCAGAGCGGCCACACGGCGUGCGUGGCGGAGCUGCUGCGGCGCGGCGCCGACGCCAACCUCAAGUGCAAGAAGGGCGAGAGCCCGCUGCACCGCUCGUCGGCCUACGGCCACGUGGAGUGCGUGCGCGUGCUGCUGGCCGCCGGCGCCGACAAGGCCGCCAAGAACGACAACAACAAGACGGCGCUCGACAUCGCCGGCUCCGAGACGGUGCGCGCGCUGCUGCGGACGGAGUCGUGAGGGUGGCGCGUUGGUGAGGUUAGGGUGCGAGGCGCCUUUCUCGCCACUGGGGGAUUGCUGUACUUGGACCAAGUUACAACGUAACUCUUCAUCAAAGUGGUGUACAUUAGUAUAAACACCAUGAAAUAUUAGAAAGUUUUAGGGGGACGUUUCACAGGAUUGGGAUGUUACUUUGUGAACAGAAACGAAAUAGUAUACUCCUCAACUCUUAGUUAUUUACUGCUACUAUUCUCAUGAAUAGU